AUGAUGUACUACGGAUGGCAUUUGUUCGAAAGAUCAGGCGAGUUCAGCACAAUCUUGCACGCAGCACGACUCUUUCAGCAAUACUUGGUUGACCAGUUCUGCAAAGUGGAGGCAGAAAGGCUUUCUUAUCUCCGCCACAACCAGACACAACUUCGAGCCGCCGACUACACCUCACUGCGCGACAGCCUAGGAGACUCCCGUCGUGCUGAAGAUGAAGCCGAUGCCGUGCGUGCGGGACGACUGUUCAUUCUCCCUUCCACGUACAUUGGAGGUGACCGCUAUAUGAGGCAGCAGAUGCACGACAUCAUUGCUAUAUCGAACCAAAUUGGCCACCCGGACAUCUUCCUCACCAUGACAUGCAAUCCAAGCUGGCCGGAGAUCACAAGAGCCCUACUGCCGAACCAAACGCCUCAGGACAGACCGGAUCUGUGCGCACGUGUGUUUCGUCUCAAAAUGAAAGAUCUCAUGUCCUUGGUCAUCAACGAAGAAGUAUUCGGAACCGUUAAACGCGGUCUUCCCCACGCUCACGUUGUAUUUUUCCUAGAUGAAGUCUCCAAGAAUGAUCUGCGUACUCCCGAAAACGUCGACCGCAUUAUCUCUGCCGAGAUCCCGUCUGCCCAAGAUCCAGAACUCCAAGAGGUCGUGCUCAAGCAUAUGAUUCACAAUCCAUGUGGAGAACACAAUCCAACAGCCGUGUGCAUGGGCGAGCGGUACUGCAGGAAAGGGUUUCCAAAAUCGUUCAAACACGAAACCAGCCAGUCCGACAGUGGCGUCUCCAUCGAGCGACCCUCCCGUAUUGGCCGACGACAGCAACCCGUCGUGGUAGACAACUCCUGGGUCAUUCCCCACAGUCCUGUGCUUCUACGUUCAUUCGCUUGCCAUUUGAAUGUUGAACUCUGCGUGUCACGCGUUGGCGGAAUCAAGUACCUCUUCAAGUAUGUGUGCAAGGGACAAGACCGAGCCGCAUGGAGGUUAUUCUCCUUUGACAUUGUAGAUCGCAAUCCUCCAGUAGUCAGGCUUGCAGUGCAUCUGCCCAACCACCACACGGUUUACUUUGAGGAAGGGCGAGAGCAGGAGGCGGCGCUUCGACCAGCAACAGGCACGAAGCUGACCGAGUGGUUUAAAGCCAACGAGAAGUACCCAAGCGCGCGGCAUAUUCGGUACCACAAGUUUCCAAGGUACUUUACAUGGAAGACACGCACCAAGUCAUGGACCUACGAUUUCAGUGGUACAGGUGCCAACGUAGUCGGUCGAAUCUACACUGUCAGUCCGAGGGAGGGUGAGCGCUACUUUCUUCGCCUCCUCCUCACACAAGUGCCAGGGGCAACAUCCUUCGAGAACUUGCGAAAUAUCGACGGCGAGCAGUGCACCAGCUUCCGACAAGCUUGCUUACGACUCGGUUUGCUGGCCGACGAUGCCGAGUGGAAGCACGCAAUCCGAGAUUCAUUCCGGUCAAGCUUCGUUCCUCUUUCUCAUCUGUUUGCUACGAUUCUGGCACACUGCCAGCCUUCGGACCCUCUCUCGCUGUGGAACGACCACCUGGACAUGUUUCUCACCGAUAUUCGCAAUCGUGCACGCAGACAACCCAUUCGAAGACAGCAGCUUCGCGAUGAUCACCACGCCACAUCUUACGUACUUCGAGAGGUACAGGAGGCUCUGCAGACCGUGCGAUCCGACUGGACGCUCGCAAACUUCGGACUCCCACUGCCCGAUGACAGCCUGCCCGCUUUGGAACAGCAAAACGAGAUCGAGACCCCCGAAGCUAGAGCGCAGCAUGGUCGUCUCUUCUUCCUCGAUGCUCCUGGCGGAACAGGCAAAACAUUCGUGCUCAGCGCCAUUCAAGACUUCCUUCGUACGCGCCGUAAGCAGGUCAUCGCUGUCGCUACGUCUGCUGUUGCUGCUGUGCUGCUCGACGGUGGACGCACAUCUCAUUCCGUGUUCAAGAUUCCCAUUCCUGUAUCUGCCGAAAGCACGUGCAGCUUCUCCGCAAACUCCGACACAGGCCGUACACUGCAACAAGUCGAUCUCAUCAUAUGGGACGAGAUCGUCAUGUGCCAUCGACAUUGCAUUGAGACUGUCGAUCGCUCCCUUCGAGACUUGAUGCAAACCGACCGGCCCUUCGGAGGAAAGUUCCUCGUGCUCGCUGGAGACUUUAGACGAAUCCUUCCCGUCGUUACGGGCGGGUCCCGAGGUCAAAUCGUGAGCGCGUGCGUCAAGGCUUCCCCGCUGUAUCGAGAGUGCCGAUUCCUGCGCCUUACCGAGAACAUGCGCCUUGCUGCUCUCCGAGCGGACCCUGCAGCAGAUGUGGAGGCUCUCAACUUUCCAGAAUUCCUCCUCAGCGUCGGGGAAGGCAGACUUCAAGGCGAACAGCGCCCGGAAUGGAUCUCACUACCACAGUCCGUUGCGUUCGAGCACACCAUCCGCAAUUUAUGCCUCAAGGUCUUCCAAGGGAUUCGAGACAAUCACGCCGACCCUGCCUGGCUCACCAAGCGCAACGAAGACACCAACGCGCUAAUCUAUCCCACAGAAAUGCUCAACACCUUGACCGCCGGAUCUGCUCUACCAGACCACAAGCUCAAGCUCAAGAAAGGCUUCAUCGUCAUGCUUCUGCGCAAUCUCGAUCCCGCUACCGGUCACGUCAACGGCGCGCGAUAUGUCAUCGAGAACAUGACCAACAACCUGCUCUUUCUACACGUUACCACCGGGUCACACCAAGGCAACAGAUUGUGUCUUCCUCGAAUGCCCUGCGGACCAGGAGACGACAACUUUCCCAUCCCUGGUUUCACCCGAACGCAGUUCCCCAUUCGCACGUGCUUCGCCCUUACAACGAACAAAGCGCAAGGCCAAUCCUUCGGUGACCGCAUUGGUCUCGACUUACGAGAUCACUGCUUCUCGCACGGCCAACUCUAUGUCGCACUAUCAAGGACUACUCACCCAGGCAACGUCACUGUCCUCACUCGAGAGUCCAAUGAAACCACGCGAAACGUAGUGUACCCCGAGGUCCUUCAGUAG